AUGUGCAGCAGUGAAAUGCUUCCCCUCUCGCUCGAUAGACGAAAAGUUUAAUUAAAAAUAAUUGCGGCGAGCUCGGCGUUAAAUAAAUCCCAAAGCAAACAUUAAACUCAAAUUUAACCCAAACACUUAGGUUAACCACCAUGUUAACAUUGUGCUGCUGGUUAUCGUAAAACACCCAAAGCACGUCAGCCGUCUAGUGUUACGUUAGCUCACUUAGCAUUAGCCACUUCUGCUAUUGACUUCAGCUUGGCACACGUUUCCAAUAUGGCAAACAGCCUGCUCGCAUCAUAUGAACCAGCAUGUUUUACCAGGGUGUUUUAAUACAUUUAUUAUUAGUCUUAUCCUGAUAUUCUGUAACAUUACGCGCAUUAAAAUGUUGCACACUUGGCUUGCCGAGAGCUUUCGUCAUCAUGGUCCUAGCGCCGUCCCCCACCCUGUAGCCAGUCGACAGCAAUCACCUUGUCUCACUGCAAAUGCAGUCGUGUACAGAUCCAGCUAUUAAUGUCCUGAUUCUGGUAUAAAGAUGGCCUCUCGUCAGCCUGGCAACCCCCCUCUUGUGGAGCAGUACACCCCUCCUGCACAGGAUGAAGAGAGCCAACAAGAGGAAGAGCUGGGGAGGGAUCAGCCUGCAAAAAAACGCGGCAGAGGCAGGCCUCCAAAAGCCAAACCAUCCUUCAAAUGCUCUGCAUGCACAGAGGCUUUCAAGACUCUGUCAGCUCUGCGGAGCCACAAGCUCUCGGAACACGUAAAGGAUCGUCAGCAACAGCACUCGUGUUCUCAAUGUACUAAAACAUUUUCGAGCAAGGCUCAACUCUCAAAGCAUGAGCGUACUCACUCAGCUCAGCGCCCCUUUCAGUGUCCCGACUGUCACAAGGCUUACAAGACACCCACAGAGCUACGCAACCAUAGCCGCUCUCACACUGGGGAGAAACCAUUCGUAUGCACAGAGUGUGGAAAGGCCUUUAUGCAAGCCAUAUGCCUGAGGAUCCAUAUGACACAGCACAGUGGCGAGCGUCCUUUCUCUUGCCGUCAGUGCUCUAAGAGCUACCCCACCCUGUCUAAACUGAAGGUGCACAUGCGUUCUCACACGGGAGAAAAGCCAUACUUCUGUGCUGAGUGCGGUAAGAGUUUUGCAGAUCCUUCUGUGUUUAGGAAACACAGAAGGAACCACCAAGGCCACCGACCGUACGCUUGUGAUGAGUGCGGGAAAACGUACACAGAGCUGAAGGACCUGAAAAACCAUGAGCGCUCCCACACUGGAGAAAAACCAUACCUGUGCUCAGAAUGUGGCAAAGCCUUCUCCCGCUCCUCCUCCCUUGCCUGCCAUCAGCGUAUUCACUCCCAGAACAAACCCUACCAGUGCGAGCAGUGCGGUAAAGGCUUCACCCAGCUCUCUUCCUACCAGUCUCAUCUCCGCACUCACUCUGGUGAGAAGCCGUUCCUCUGCCCACAGUGUGGCAAGAUGUUUUCUGACCCCUCAAGUUUCCGUCGCCACCAGCGAGCCCACUUGGGUUUCAAACCAUAUCCCUGUGAUAAGUGUUCCAAGAGGUUCCGGCAGCCAGCCGAUCUGGCCGUGCAUGAGCGUGUUCACUCUGGAGAGCGGCCUUACAAAUGCCAGAGCUGUGACAAAGCCUUUGUAGCGUCCUGGGAUCUGCGCCGCCACAUGCUUGUCCACACGGGUCUUAGGCCCUUCUCUUGCACUGAGUGUGACAAGUCAUUUGCUGAGCGCUCCAGCCUCAACAAGCACCGACGUGUGCACUCUGGAGAAAGGCCUUUCAAAUGUGAGGAGUGUUUGAAGUCAUUCGUGGUGUCCUCAAGCCUGCGCAAACAUGAGAGAACUCAUCUAGCUGAGCAGUCUGAGCAGCAGCAGCAGCAAAAACAACAACAACAACAGCAACAACAGCAACAGCAGCAACAGCAGCAACAACAGCAACAACAGGAGACGGAGGCCGGGUCAGCCUCAGCCUUCACUACCCACACAACUCUCCCUCAGUUCUCCUGUACUCACUGUGAUGCUACAUUUGGAAGCUGGGAUGAAGUUCAGGCGCAUGAGAAUCUUCACUCCAUUGACUCCACUCCUCAGGCUGUAAACAAAAUCGUGCCUGUGGACUCACAUGUCUGUGAAACCUGCCAGGCAGAGUUUGCACAGCUGGCAGACUUGCAGGAGCACGAGAAGCAGCAUCCCAAGCCGAGGCCUCAUGUUUGCAGCAGCUGCGGCAAAGGCUUCCUCAACAAAUCUGGACUGCGUAAACACCAGAAGAUCCACUCCACCAGUAAACCUCACAGCUGCCCCCACUGUGGCAAAGCUUUCCUGUUUGCUGCCUAUCUUCGCAAGCACUUGCGGACUCAUGCAGACCCUGUCCCAGCAAGCCAACUCAGUGACAUAAACAUUAUUCACACUGAUCCACUUCCCUCUCCUCCAACCCCCAGUGAGGUAUCCCCCUCCACGGUUGAACCUAGCGCUAUUUCCCCGACAGUUCCGGUCACUGUACCUGUGACUGAGUACUUGAUCAAAGAAGAGGGACUUUGAGCUGUUUUCUUUUAAUGUUUUUGUUUUUAUUCCACAAAUAUUUAGCCAUGGACCUUACAUCUUUUUAGAUGAUGGGUCUAAUGAAGUGUUCUUUUACAGGAAAACUUUUUUUCAAGAAAAACUCAAAAUAGAGUUUCCUUUAUGUAAAUUGUCAGUGCUUUGUCACUGUUUUGCAUUGCCAUGAUAUUUCAAAGAUGUUACAUAUGGUGUUCAUUUAAAAAAAACAAAAAAACAUAUAUGCUAUAAGUAGCCUACUAUAAAUAUCUACUCUGUUAUCUGUAAUCUCUUCAUAAAAAUAUGGUGUUGCUAACAUGUAUGCUGAUCACUUAAGAUGUUGUGAUUUCAGGUAAAUGUAUUUUAUGAUGCUUUUAAAUUCCUUUAAUUUACAUUUUGUAGGAACAAAACGUUACUGUUUUACUGUGUAUGUAUUAGAAUUAUUUAAUAUAAAUUUGUUGGGUAAAAAAUAAGGAAGUCAAUUGCAUUCCGGAAUGUAAAAAAUCAGUUGAGUUACA